AUGCAGACUUUUCCCCCACGCACCCUUGAUGCCAUCCUCCAGGUCGGUCGUUCUGCUUUGACAACCGUCAAGGACCUACCCCUGGACACUACUAAGGAACACCUCCUCCUCUCCAACUACUUCCACACCCAUACCGCUAGUGAGUGCAAAAACAUCCUCCUCUCCCAAGCGCACGGAUUUGCUUACUUUGAUGGUGCCAAUGGUACCCUCCGGCAAGUCAUCUGCGCUAAGCAGGUCGGCCCCAACUUGCACUGGGCAUCCGCCAAUGAUAGCUAUGAUGCCCCCACCCCAGUUGCUUUUUCUUUAGAUGCCCUUGGCAGCAGUGUCAUAUCUAUUGCCCGAGACGACCUCGCUCGAGAAUGUCAAGCCCGGCACCUUCAUGACGCCCAAUACUCUGCCCACACUGCCUUGGCCCCCGAUAGCACCGACCCUCCCAAGGACAUCCACUGGCCCAGUGGGGACGGCGUGUUCACCGAAGUCAAAAAGUUCUUCCCCAUCUACCCUGGUGCCAACAUCCCACCAAGCCUUACGCUAUCCGCCGCCCCACCAGCCAAUCUGGAUUCCUUCCACCCCCAAUUCCGGCUCUGGUACGAGGCAAUGGAGUACCUUCACGAUCACAAUGAGUCCCAGAGCCUCCAUUCCCACGCCCACAUCUUUAGCGUCGACACCAUCCCAACCGAUCGAUUUCCAGACAGCGACCUGGCUACGCAUCUGACAUAUUCCCCAUCCACCGUCAGUGCGUUUGCAGCUGAAGUCCCCACCUACAAAGCCCUCUUCAAAGAAUUCAAACGGCACUCGGCCCUCUCUACUUUAGCAUCUACUAAUCAUGUCACUACUCAAGAAGCUCCAGCAGCCCCCCUUCCAGCAGGAGCCCCAUUCGAUAGCGAACUUUUUGCCCAGAUCAU